GGAACCACAUCAAUAACAAAACUAAAUCUCUACACACACCACAUUCAGUUAUCAGAAAAAGUCACCAUGGCUGUGUUCUCAAGAACUGCUUCUGCUUCUCUAUUGUUCUUGUUCCUUCUCUUUGGUUUCUCUGCAGCUAAGGAACUAUUGGUUGGAGGCAAGAUAGAUGCAUGGAAGGUUCCAUCUUCUGAAACAGACUCACUCAAUCAAUGGGCAGAAAAGUCUCGUUUCAAAGUCGACGAUCAUCUUGUAUGGAAAUAUGAUGGAGGGAAAGACUCAGUUUUGCAAGUAAACAAAGAAGAUUAUGCUAAUUGCAACAGCUCAAACCCCAUUGAACAGUACAAUGAUGGGAACACGAAGGUGAAGCCAGACAGACCUGGACCAUUUUACUUCAUCAGUGGAGCAAAGGGUCACUGUGAGCAGGGACAAAAGCUCAUUGUGGUGGUUAUGUCUCCAAAGAAAAGAUCCAUUGGAGUUUCACCUGCACCAUCUCCAGCAGAGUUGGAAGAAGGUCCAGCUGUUGCACCAACUAGCAGUGCGCCAGUGUUGCGAACUGGACUUGUGACUGUUUUAGGACUGUUGGCUAUUUAUGUGGGUUUUCUCAUAUGAAUCACUGCACCUAAUUAGGAUGUAGUGAAGUUAUUAUUGUGAUUCUUUUUUUCUUUUGUAGCGAUUCAUUAUUUUUUUCCAAAGCUAUGAAUAAAAACUUGAUAUAGGAUUCUUAUA